AUGGACAUGUCGGCGAUCGCCGCGCGACUCGGCCUCUCGGGGUCCCGCCCCGUCAUCCGCAAGGCCGGCGAGCUCCGCCGCCUCUGCGACGUCAACUUCGACUCCUCUGUCCUCGGCAUCGUAAGCGGCCCGGACUGCCUGCCCACCCUCUUCCCCGAUUUCCCGUCCUUCUUCCGCCGCGCGGACGUGCCUCUGACCUGUGUGCUUUUGCAGGGCGAGGUCUGCAAGGCUAUCAUCUGCCUGGAGAUCGCUGCGUCCAAGUUCCAGGUGAUAUUUGACCGGGCGGAGGCUGUGCGUAUGAGCGGGAUGUCUGAGAAGGCGUACAUCAGAUCAUUCAAUGCGCUCCAAAAUGGUCUUGGUGUCAAGACGACUUUGGAUGUGCGUGAAUUGGGCAUCCAGUUUGGCUGUGUCAGGCUGAUACCUUUCGUUCAGAAGGGAUUGUCUCUCUAUAAGGAGCGCUUCCUUGCUGCAUUGCCACCUUCACGCCGGGCAAGCACUGACUUUGGUCGGCCAGUGUUUACUGCAGCAGCAUUCUACUUAUGUGCGAAGAGGCACAAGCUCAAAGUUGACAAACUAAAGCUGAUCGAUCUAUGUGGCACAUCCAGCACCGAGUUUACAACGGUUUCAACAUCAAUGACAGACCUCUGCUUUGAUGUUUUUGGGAUAGCCAAGGAGAAGAAGGAUCCAAAGUCCAUCAAAGGGAACAGAGAACUGCUGGAUGUUUUGCCAAGCAAAAGGAAACAUGAAGAUGACAGUGAUUCAUCUGCAUGCGAUGAAUCCUCAGACGAUGAUCUAGAUGAGCUAGAUUUACCAACUCACAAGAGGCGCAAGAAGAUGGAGAAAGAAGCAUACAAUGAUUGGAAGUCGUCUGUUCUUUCCUCGAACAAGAAAACCAAAACAGACCCUGCCAAGCCUAGGAGGCAAGCUCAACUUAACUUAAAGAAGCCGGCAGAAGUACCUUCUGCAGCCAACUAG